AUGGGAUAUUGUUAUUAAAAAGUUUUGUAAGUUCACUUUUUGUAUUGUGUGUGUCAUUACUAUACAGUUCAUGGGACAAGUGCAUCCGCUCUUUUCAUUCCCAGAUUGGCUUCAUUGGAAAUACUACAACCAUGGGCUUCCCUCUAUGCCUAUGUCUUCUCUCUUUGUAAGUAAAGAGUUAUUUGCUUGCAUUAGGCUCGUUUGCCACAUGGUACUGGAGUUAUUCAAAGAAAGAAAAAUUACAUGAUCAUUUAGUUAAUGUAGGUUGACAGAAAUGUGAUGUUAUGUCUCUUCCCUUCUAGGAUUUUCACAACUGCUUGUGGUUCAGGUUUUAGUGACGACUCAACACUUAAUGAAAACUCUUAUAAGGAAAAGUGGAUGGAGUCUAUACCUGAUGACAAACUCCUUUCAGCUGUUACUAUCCCCGGAACUCAUGAGAGCCUAACUCUGUACGGUGGACCACUUAUACAGUGUCAGGCUUGGACCUUGGAGAACCAGCUGAAAGCAGGAUUGCGGUACUUUGAUAUACGUGUAGAGGCCAGUAUGUUCCACAACAUCCUUGAUGUCAUGGAUGGGCAUUUAGUACACACCAAGUUCCAUGAGGUGCUGAACAUUCUAUGGGAGUUCUUGGACAAACAUGGAAGUGAGUCUGUGCUUUUGAGAGUGACACUGCAAGGAAUAAGCAUGAAAAAAGCUGGAAAAUGUAUCAAAACAUUGAUUGAGAAUUCUGAAGAUAGAGUAUGGACAAAGAUAUUUGUCCCCAAAAUGCAAGAAGCAAGGGGGAAGAUCAUCUUCGUGCAGAGUACCAAUUUCAAUGUUGGAACACUUAACCAUGACACUUUUGUCACAGGCGACGACACAUUCAAAGACCUUGAAAACAAGAUGAAGAAGAUCACAAAACACCUGAAAGAAGCUAAAGAGAAUUGUGGUCAUGCAUUGGCACUGACCGAUUCCUCCGCCACAGCCAUUUUCAAAGGCCCUAAAACUGUGGCCAAAAUGGUUAAUGGUCAGCUCAAUAAGCUCAUAGUUGAACUACAAACAGGCUCUAACAAACCAGACUGCUUGGGGGUAAUCAGCAUGGACUUCCCCAGUCCAGACCUCAUCCAUAACAUCAUUGAGGUCAAUGGAAAACCAGGGAGUGGUUCAUCUGAGCACUCAGAAGAGCCUGAAUCAGUAGAGCCUGCACCAGCAGAGCCUGAACAUACAGGUUUUAGUGAUGACUCAACACUUAAUGAAAACUCUUUUCAGGAAAAGUGGAUGGAGUCUAUACCUGAUGACAAACUCCUUUCAGCUGUUACUAUCCCCGGAACUCAUGAGAGCCUAACUCUGUACGGUGGACCACUUACACAGUGUCAGGCUUGGACCUUGGAGAACCAGCUGAAAGCAGGAUUGCGGUACUUUGAUAUACGUGUAGAGGCCAGUAUGUUCCACAACAUCCUUGAUGUCAUGGAUGGGCAUUUAGUACACACCAAGUUCCAUGAGGUGCUGAACAUUCUAUGGGAGUUCUUGGACAAACAUGGAAGUGAGUCUGUGCUUUUGAGAGUGACACUGCAAGGAAUAAGCAUGAAAAAAGCUGGAAAAUGUAUCAAAACAUUGAUUGAGAAUUCUGAAGAUAGAGUAUGGACAAAGAUAUUUGUCCCCAAAAUGCAAGAAGCAAGGGGGAAGAUAAUUUUCGUGCAGAGUACCAAUUUCAAUGUUGGAACACUUAACCAUGACACUUUUGUCACAGGCGACUUCACAUUCAAAGACAUUGAAAACAAGAUGAAGAAGAUCACAAAACAUCUGAAAGAAGCUGAAGAGAAUUGUGGUCAUGCAUUGGCACUGACCGAUUCCUCCGCCACAGCCAUUUUCAAAGGCCCUAAAACUGUGGCCAAAGUGAUUAAUGGUCAGCUCAAUAAGCUCAUAGUUGAACUACAGACAGGCUCUAACAAACCAGACUGCUUGGGGGUAAUCAGCAUGGACUUCCCCAGUCCAGACCUCAUCCAUAACAUCAUUGAGAUAAACAGAAAUCCAGGAAGUGGUUCAUCUGAACAACCAGAACAGCCUGAACCAUUAGAGCGGGAACCUGCAAAGCCUCAGCCAGCCGAAGAGCCUGAACCAGUACAGCCUGAACCGGCACAGCCUGAAACAGCAGGGCCUGGACCAGUAGAGCCUGAGUCAGCGGAGCCUGAACCAGCAGAAACUCAGCCAGUAGAAGAGCCUGAACCAGUUGAGUCAGAGCCAGCAGAGGCUGAACCAGCAGAGCCUGAACCAGUAGAAAAGCCUGAACCAGCAGAGCCUGAACCAGCAGAAACUCAGCCAGCAGAGGCUGAACCAGCAGAGCCUGAACCAGUAGAAAAGCCUGAACCAGCAGAGCCUCAGCCAGCAGAAGAGCCUGAACCAGCAGAGCCUGAACCAGCAGAGCCUGAACCAGCAGAGCCAGAGCCAGCAGGGGCUGAACCAGCAGAGGUUCAGCCAUUAGAAGAGCCUGAACCAGCAGAGCCUGAAUCAGCAGAGCCAGAGCCAGCAGAGGCUGAACCAGCCAAGCCUGAACCAGCAGAAUCUGAGCCAGCAGGACCUGAGCCAGUAGAGCCUGAACCAGUAGAACCAGCAGAGCCUGAACCAGUAGAACCUGAACCCGCAGAGCCUGAACCAUUAGAGCCAGAGCCAGCAGAGCCUGAACCAGUAGAACCUGAACCAGUAGAGCCAGCAGAGGCUGAACCAGCAGAGCCUGAACCAGUAGAUCCUGAACCAGUAGAGCCAGCAGAGGCUGAACCAGCAGAGCCCCAACUUGCAGAAGAAGCAGCAGAAGAGCCUGAAACAGCAGAGCCUGAGCCAGAGCCAGCAGAGGCUGAACCAGCAGAGCCUGAACCAGCAGAGCCUGAACCAGUAGACACUGAACCAGCAGAGGCCGAACCAGUAGAGGCUUAACCAGCAGAACCUGAACCAGCAGAACCUGGACCUGAACCCCCAGGGUAGCCCAAAGAGCCUUACUGGAAUAACCAAGGAAGAAGAGAUGCAAUGAGAAAC